AUGAUUUUACCCCUUGAACUAGUUCGAGAAGUAUUCGAAUACCUUCCUAUUGACACAAAUGAGUUAAUGGGUGAAGGUGAUGGAGGUUUAAGAAGAUGGAACGAAUUGAAACAACUACGGUUCGUUAUAACUAACCACAUGACAUAUAAUCAUAUUUUUGAUCAAUUUCGGCGCUGCAAGUAUCACAAGAUCAUACAACUUGUCCACUCAUCACCAAAAUCGUUGGUGGAUUGUUAUUAUCGACCUCCGUUCUUUCCCGAUGGUGCAGAAGUCAUAAUCGAUCCUGAGGACAUGGGAGUACUCACGGAAUAUGAACCAGUUUUUAAAAGGUUUCGGGUGAACCUCGAAACUAAAGGUAAUCUUGAAGUAUAUGAACAAUUCUGCCACUUAUGGCCCUCACUCAAACCCAGCAAAGUAGAAAUAUAUUCUUUUGAUGAUUUGGAAUAUCUUAUUGACUUCGAAGUUGAUUCUUUAGUUAUCCAUGGGGCGAUGGACAUUCCUAAAUUCCAUUACGCUAAUUUGAGAAAGCUUGAAGUCGAUAUCACACAAUGGCUACUGGAUUACGAUAGGUAUCUCAAUCUUGAAGAAUUGAUCAUAAAUAUUGGGGAUAGGAGAGAUCCCAGCCUAGAUGUGAACAUUCCAACACUCAAAUCUUUGAAAGUCAAAGCAAUAUUUCCACUUCACUACUUGAGGGUUAAAUUACCUCCUGGCUUGCUUCAACUUUUUAUAGAUGCAGAUGUCAACAUUUUGGAUGCUAAUCUUCCCGAUUCUUUGAUCGAAUUUCUCGCUGAAAGAGUCGAAGAGUUUCAAAACCUGGGAACUGAUGGACUUCCCCCGUUUUUGGAAAAGUUGGAUAUUGCAGCCUGUCCAACUAAUAGCACUGGCAGAUGGAGGUCUAAUGGGUCGGGACUCAAUGAGUUGAGGUAUCACGAGUUGCGGUUCUUGAGACAUCUUACUGUCAAAAAUGACCCACAACGCAGAGAACUCGCGAUUCUCAGUUUACCGGAUUCGUUGGAAUCAUUGAAUAUCAUAAAAUCGGUGAAACUAGCAGUCAAAUUCGAUGAGCUUCCUAAAUUUAGGGAACUCACGAUAGCUGCGGCUAACUUUCUUGAUAUUUUUGAAGCUUAUGAGGAAAACAGUCCAUCUCUUGCCAAUGCUUGGACAGUCGAAUAUGCGAGCAAGACCUAUUGUAUCCCCUUUAGUAAGAGUUUAGAAUCUUUCUGUGUGAGCCGGUUCCCUGAAGAUAUGAGAAUCAUUUGCUUCCCUCAGUCCUUGAAACACAUAGAUGUUUUCAUUUCAGGGCCACUGUUUUUCGAAAAACUUCCAGUUGGAUUGAAAAGCUUGAGAAUAAAUAAUUUGUUGGGGUCAGAUUCCAAAAUCAAUUUACCACCCAACCUCGAACUUCUCCAAAUAAUGAACAGCGAUUUGGAAAAUCUUAAAUACGAGAGAGUAAAGCAUCUAUUUCUUCAUUAUGCAGACUCAGGCUAUUUGGAUUUUGAAGAAGUAAACCUCCCCAAAAAUUUAAAAACUUUGGGAUUUAUUCAAAGAGUCGCAGGAACCACGAUUGAUCUAUCAGAUACAAAUUUGACGAAGUUUUCUUGCAGAAUAGAUGGUGAGAAAGAUUCGGAACUGUUGUAUAGCGAUGAAGGUGAAAUUAUUAAAGAAGACCCGUGUCACAUAAUAAUGCCACCAAGCCUUUCACUUCUUGACGUGCCCACUGGCUAUGGUAUUGAGUUGAUAAUAGACUUGAGUAAAGUUAAUAUGAAUAAGCUACGAGCGGUAUGA